CGUGUUUGCAUUUUAUUGAUAAAGUCAGUCGCCGCGUAGUGCCCAGUCGUGGCAGAAGUGCACUGUGUAGAGUCGGGUUUUUUUAGCGGCUGGUUUAUUUACCUACAAUAAUAUUAUUCUAUGUAACAUAGUGCAUAAGUUCUAUGUGAUAAAGAAAUGAUCAAAACACAUAAGAAACUUUCAUAAGUUGAAUUUUUCUAUUUAUUGUUAUUUUAUAUCGUUUUGAAAAAAAAACGCGCGUUCGAUACAAUGGAAAAACGAAAAAGAAUAGUGCAGUACAUGGUAGCUGCAGCCGUAUCGUUGGCAUCGAUGACCUUAGGAGCGAUCUCUACUUGGCCAACGCCGGUCAUAGCGAAGUUCCAUGCCAACGAAACGAAUGAACACAUUUCAGAUAAAGAGAUAUCAUGGAUGUUGGCAAUGUCAUCCCCCGGGUUCAUAGCAGGGAGUGUAGCGACCCGCUAUAUAUCAGACGCCUAUGGGAGGCGAACUACUGUACUCGGAAGCUCGAUCCCCAUGGUUCUGGGCACAAUACUAGUACUAUUUUCACUGAAGGCAUGGGCACUUUACAUGGCAAGGUUCCUGUGGGGUUGGGGCACCGGAAUGAUUGGAACGGUGGUCUCGAUGUACUUGGCAGAAAUAGCAGACAAGGAUUUAAGAGGCACCCUUUCUGUUGGCACUAGGUUCAUGUUUAACUUCGGCACUCUCCUCGUGAUAUCAAUCGGCCCUUUUCUGUCGUACACGGUCUUAAAUCUGUCUCUUCUGGUACUGCCACUGGUGUAUUUUAUUGCCUGCUGCUGGAUACCGGAGUCACCGUACUAUUACCUGAAGGAAGGGAGAGUGGAAGAAGCCCGAAGAGUGUUGUCCAAACUAAGGAGUUAUAAGGAUAGCAAGGCUGUGGAGGAUGAAUUGAUGGUGAUGAAGUCGUCAGUGAGCACCGAAAUGAAGCGUGACAGCUCGGUGAAGGAACUACUGACCGGUGACCGGUAUCGGAAGGCUGUAGUUAUCUCCGCUGGCCUCAAGCUGACUCAGAUCAUGACGGGCGUGAUGACAGUGCAGCAGUACCUCGGCCGCAUCAUGCAGGACACUCAGACAGACAUCAAGCUUUCCACUGUGUUCAUCAUCUUUGGCGCAGUCAGGUUCCUCAUAGGUAUAAUGUCAUCGGUCCUGGUGGACCGUGUCGGAAGGAGAACACUUCUCAUCUAUUCCUUCUUCAGUACAGCAUUUUGUCACAUCGUCGUCGGUUCGUACUUCUUCUGUCAGGAGGUGCUUAAAAUCGACCAGACCCUCCUCACCCCUUACGGGUACGUACCGUUCAUAGGUAUCCUUGGCUCCAGCAUAGUAUCCACACUUGGGUACACUUCAAUUAUUUUCGUCAUAUUCGGUGAAAUAUUCCCAAUGAACAUAAAAGCUGUCGCCAUGAGCUCUAUUAGCAUCUACGGCGGUAUACUAGGUUUCAUCAUAGCUAAAGGCUACCAAGAGUUGAAAGACUUGGCGGGAUUGUGUGGAGUGUUCUGGAUCUUCGCCGUGAUCGCAAUCAUCGGCGCCGUGUUCACUAUAGGUUUUGUUCCUGAAACCAAAGGGAAGAGCUUGAGAGAAAUACAGAUUUUGUUGCAAGGUGAUAUUUACAAUGAGACUGAUGAUAAUUUAGGAGAAGUUGUCAGUAACGUUGACACCAGCAAGGAUACGGAGUUGCAAGAACUUCAUAUAAACGAAAAAAGUCGUUGACAGUAAAAUAUAAAUAUUUAGUAACAAUGUGUGCUCCGCAUUUGUUUUCUUCAUUGAUCUCUGUGCUCCAUAUUGUUAGUUUCAUAUAUUGUAUUUGAGAUCAAGUGAUUCAUUAAAAUAAGAGAUUUGAUAAUACAAUAGUAGAUUAUUAACCAAGGGGAUAAAGCAGUGUCUUCUGUCGCGGGUGACGAUUUAAAUCGAGAGCGUAACGAGGGUGUUAAAAACUUAAAUCACGAGCGAAGCGAGGGAUUUAAGACGAGUCCUGAGUGUAGCGAGAGAUUUAAGUUCACCCAAGACUAAGACAGCUUUAUCACCGAGGAAAAUACUAUACUUUUCGUACCAUUUGCGAAAAAAAUAACACAAUAAUAAUAUGAGAUAAGCAUUUAUUAAAAAUAAUGACAAUUAAAAGUAAAAGUUAACAUUCGAAACAUUGGUCCAAUUAAAUACGGCCUCGUCGGUUUUCGUAAUUUUAUUUAAUAAAUCAUAAGUGCACAAUAAAUGCGUAUUCCUUUUUCAAAAAGAUGUAUAAUGCUUUAUAUACAAACUCAAUGG